AUGAAAAGAUUGCAACAGGAGAGAAAAGCACAGCGCUCAACGACCUAUGUACACACACACACACACACACACACAACACAGAGAUCAGACAUGAUCAGAGACAUGCAACGGCCAGCAGAGCAGCCUGACGCGGCCGAUGACACCGCCGCCGCCGCCGCGCUCCUGGAGUCUCCAAGCGGCCCGACGCGAGCGCACGGGACCCUGACGACGGAGAAAAGAGACCCGGAACGCGGCAAAAGCACCCGCAGCAGCCCAUCCGAGAAGAAGUUCUGCAGCUUCUGCAAACACAACGGAGAGACCGAAGCCGUGUUCACCUCACACUACUUAAAAGACCGCGCAGGAGCCGUGAUGUGCCCGUACUUGAGCCAGUACGAGUGUCCCCUGUGCGGAGCCACCGGGGCCAAAGCGCACACCAAGAGAUUCUGCCCGCUCGUGGACAAAACCUACAGCUCCGUGUACGCCAAGACAACAUGGUGAACCGGCCGUUUCUGACCCGUAAAAGAUCUGGCCACGGUAUACGAGGACAUUUUUACGAGUGGUUUUAAUAUUUAAGUUUUAAACUUUAAUCGUUCAAUCCAUAAUGGCUUGUGUGAGUUUGCAUGCAUGUGUGCUUUUUGGUGUUUGGUUUUGCACGCUUUUUAGUGUCUUCCUCUUGUGUGCAGUGGUGGUGUUUUUUCACUCUUUUUGUUUUGUCUUUGAACAAACUUGUACACAAGCCAAUAGGCUCGCUACAGGUGCAACCACGUGUGAACUAGCUUUCUUUAAUUUUACUAAAAAAAAA